GUUUCAUGAACACGGGAACUAGUCGAGCACAGCGCCGUACUCCCUACAGAUAAACAGAAAUACCCCGGUUCGAUUCUAUCCCGGGAUCAUAUACCUGGUGGGAGCACUCCAAGGGGUGAACUGUUAUCUCCUUUGGUGUUUUUUUCCGAGGGGCCCUUCCGGUUCCUCUUGUCGUACAAUAUGGGGAUCACCCAGUCCUCCGAAGAUGCGAGCCACGUCUCUUCUCCAGAGCAACUAAGCUACAUCCUUGCGGAGCGCUUCGCAACCAAAUGCUUUACUCCGCUAGAACUCACCCAUUUCAAGGACAACUUCUUCACACGGGCCACGGACCAGGGCGGUCUUCAGUACUGGAAUGAGAAAAUUCUCUCUGAUUUUCUCGCAAUUCCGGAUAGUUCUGAUUCCCACUGCCCCUUGGAUGCUGGCCCAGUGAUUUUCCGUAUGGUCUCGUACCUUGGCGCGUUUCCGUUCCAGAACUCACUGGCGCCCAGUGUGUUGACAUUUGAGGCCCUGGUUAAAGUAGCGGUGCUGCUAACAGAAAGAUAUGGAAAGGUUCUCCGUCGUGGCCGCAAGGAUAGGAUCCGGUUGUUAUUUGGAAGCCUAGCGGAUGUCGGGAGGAGAGAGGUUGAGCUAUCCAGUCCCAAGAAAGACAACACAGGGGAUGAAGAGUCCAAGUCUCAUGCGCCCGGGUUUGACAUUGAUGCGCCAGCCAACGACAACUACGAUGAGGAGGAGGAGGACGAUGAUCUUGCCCUUGCUGCAUUGGAAUCGCUUGAUGCAAUCGAGGUCUUCAAGCACGACUCGCGGAUUGACAGGGCAGUCUACGAGGCUCGAAUCUCUGUAAAAACCUUCCGCCGUCUUUUAAUGUUGCUGCUCGUGAUCGCACCUUUGAGACCCCUUGAGGAGGUCGGGUUAUACACCUCAGACUUCAACGGCAACCGAAUGGAGGCGAUCCGAAAAGAAGCAGACCACAUCAUGGAGGCCUUCCACCAAGAGCCAUCGGGAGGAAUCGGCUAUAAGACUUUUGCAACUACAAUUGCCACAUCAUUUCCAUAUCUCUUCGAUCCAUUAACGCCCCUUUUCGAGCACCUUCUUUUCAGCAAAAACUUAGACUUGUCGCAAAAGCGCGAAAGUGACCCUUUGCAGACUCCAAUCACAGAAUCUGGGGAGGUGCCCCAGCCCUCCCCUCUAUCAAUCAUGCUCGCAGGCAGCUUUGAGUCAACGAUCCUGAACUCAAGCGUCAUAGCGCACCUCUCUUUCUUUCUGUCUUCCCCGCCAACGAAUCUCAACCUUCUUCGUAGCAAAGUUCGCCUCCAUCCCGUAUUCUCAACCGCCGCACAUGGCUCCUCUCUCACGUCGUUCUCCCACAACGUCCUCACCUGGCAGUCAGGAACUCUACUUCUCCUCCAGGGGUCCAACACUCAGACAGGCGAAAUGGUCACCAUAGGCGCACAUCUGCCGCAGCCCUGGAAAUCCGCGAUCACCAGUCACGACUCCGCCAAAUUCUCCAAUUCUGCUCUCCCAUGCCUAUUCCAACUUUCUCCAAAGCACCUUCUUCUACCCGGGAACCCUUCAACCUCCGCCCAAAAACCCAACACCCCACCCGCUUACUUCUCCCCUCACUCCGGCAUCUCAAUUGGAUGCCAAAUCCCACCGCAAUCCCGAUCCCAGAAACUAGUCCCCUCCCCGCACGGCGCAGCCAGCCUUACAAUCGACGUGAGUCUUGAGACAGCAAACUUCCACGUCUCCCCCAUCGGCCACGACGGUGUCUUCUUACCCUCUGGUACCGCGGUAGCCACAGAUCCCGCAACCAAAACUCACAUUGACAUCUACACCCUAGAGAUCUGGGGGUUGGUUCCUGACCCGGAAGUCCCAGCUUCGGAGCAGGGGCAAAGCGCCGUUGAAAUUCAGCAAGCGAAAUGGGAAUUCGAAGCCCAAGAAGCAGAGAGGAGACGUAACCUGAAUCUCAAGGCUGGCGCGGGGGAUUCGGCCGCUGAAAGUGCUCGGUGGUUGUUGGAGACUGCUGGGCUGAUCGGUGAUAAUGGCGGACGGGCCGGGGGGAGUGUUUAAUCCGGUUCCCUCUAGAGAGAGAGAGAGAGAGAGAGAGAGAGAUAUUAUUAUUAUUAUGUAUGGGUGAUGGUGGUUCUCGAUUAACCCGGCGGAUGUUUGUCAAGCAGG